UGUCCGCACGUACGAGUGGCCAUGGGAAACUGGAGCAUGGUGACUGAGUUUACCCUCACUGCCCUCCCAGCCCUGCUGGAGCUCCGAAUAGCCCUCUUCGUGGUUCUCUUGCUGACUUACACACUAACAGCAGUGGGAAACAUUAUCAUCAUCUCCCUCAUAUGGACUGAUAAUCGCCUCCAAACCCCAAUGUACUUCUUCCUCAGUAAUCUGUCCUUUCUGGACAUUUUGUACACAACUGUUGUUACCCCGAAGUUGCUAGCCUGCCUCCUAGGAGAGAAGAAAAACCUAUCCAUUGCUGGCUGCAUCACGCAAACGUAUUUCUACUUCUUUCUGGGGACAGUGGAAUUUAUCCUCCUGGCGGUGAUGUCCUUUGACCGCUACGUGGCCAUCUGUAACCCCCUGCGCUACACCGUCAUCAUGAACAGCAGGGUCUGUCUCCAGCUGGUUCUGGGCUGCUGGGUGGGGGCCUUCCUCUCUGUGUUGGUACCAACUGUAGUAGUGACAAGGCUACCCUACUGUAGCAAAGAAAUUAACCAUUUUUUCUGUGAUAUUGCCCCACUU